AUGAGAUCUGGGGCAAAUGAGAUAUCCUUGGUCAACACUGGUGCAAUUGCAGCAUUGGCUGCAGGAUUUGAAUUUAAUUUCUCGAGGUUCAUUUUGAAUGAAAUGAUUCUUAACCUGGAAGGAAGUAAAAGAGAUAAAUUCUUGAUGUACCCAAGGUUUGUGCAAAUAAUCCUUCAUGUGACUCAUCCCGAGUUGCAGAGAGGAAAUGAAGUGUUGGAUUUCAAAUCCAUUGGUCCAAAUGCUUUUGGACUGAUGAAGCAAAAGAGAGGAGGAAAGUACGUGUUUGAAGGAAAAUUUCCUUUGAUUAAAUUUGGUAUCUUUGAAGAGAGUGACAAGGAAGAAUGUAAAGAGCAUUUUGUUCCAAUGGAGACCAAAGACAUCUCUCAUUCUGCAUCUGAGCCAGAAAUUGAAGAAAUCCAUGAUUCACCCACAGCCUUUGUAGCUGAAGAGCACGAUGUUCAAAAGACUAGUGAAUCAAAAUCUACUCAAGAAGAGGAUGACGAUGGUGUCUAUGAUGAUGUAGAGUUCUUGAAAGCAAUUGAUUUUACGGGAAACAGUGAUGAUAUUACCACACAUAUAGAGUUUGAUCUAAGUGAUGAAGAUUUUGGCCCUUUUCCCAAGAUUCAUAGCAACCGUGAAAAUAAAGUCGAUGAAGCUGAUUCUUCAGCAGCCAAGGCUAGAGAAGAAGGAAACAGUCUCAAGAUUCUACUCUCCUGUUCAAAGCCCCUGGAGGUUCCUGUGACAAGAAAUGCACCUCAAGUUCUCUCAACCACUACUAGCACUGUUCAUUCUGCUCCUCAACAAUCUCAAGAAGGCCCAAGUACUAUUUUCGAGACUGGUGGAUCUUCAUCUAUUCCAGAAUAUUCUUCUACCCGACCAUCACUUGAUGAAGCCUCCAUUAGACUGGCAAAACACUUGGCACAAUUUGAUCCAGCUCCCUCACGCAGAAAAGGAAUAUCUUUUAGAGAGGGACGGACAAGUGAUGAUAAAUCUUCUUCACCCGAUCUUAGAGAAGAAGUUGGGAUUCUUCGACAGGAGCUUUUGGAGAAAUCAAUUCAGAUGGAUCAACUUACCGCGUACAUCUUUGAGCUCAGGAAGAAAGAUGAAGAAAAGACAAAGCGAAUUGAAGCAUUGGAAUCAAAUAUUGAAUCAGUAUCAACAAACUACUUCUUUCUCAAGAACGUCUUGUAG